GUCUGAUUGUUGAUUAUUGACAUAAUUUGAACGCAAGAAAUGCUGAAAUCAAAGACACAGCCAUUGAUUAGAAGACAUUUGGAUCUCAACCUCAAGAUCUCUCGCCUCAAGACAACCGCCAAUAAAGACAUUAAUAUCGAUGAGUUUAAGUCACGGCUGGAAAGUGGUCCGCAAUUGUCUCAAUUCAUCUCAGGAAGCGUUGGAAGCGAUGACAAGUGGAGUGACUAUAGCGGCAAACUUAGGCGAGAAAAGGGUGAUAAUGAGAGACUACGACUCCCGCCGUGGCUCAAGAGGGAGAUACCGGUCGGACAUAACUAUCACCGCCUGAAGGAGUCGUUGCGCUCUUUGGGAUUGAAUACGGUGUGCGAAGAGGCCAAGUGUCCCAAUAUAGGCGAGUGUUGGGGCGGAGGACAGCACCGGACGUCCACCGCAACCAUU